AUGGAUAUUGAAUGUGAAGGUACAUGUGUCAAUGUUUGGGAAGGUAAACACUGUAUAAUAAAUGCACAAUCUGCCCCAUAUGGUGAUUCUUUUUUUGCAUUAGACCAAUCAAAAGAUAAUAAUCCAAAUGAAGUUCAUCAAGCUAAAAGGUGGAAAAAAAAAUCACUUUCUUUGAAUGAUUAUCAAAAUGAACGAAACAAAUCUGCAUGUGAUAAAGAUUUUUUUAUUCUUUUUACAAUUGCCCAAAACUGCAAUUUUGAACUUCCAAUGAACUCUGGGAUUGUGGAUGGCCUCAAAUGGAAAGAAUACUUUGGGCCAUUUGCUGGUAGAGCACAUGUUUAUGCUAUUGUAGGUCCAUUGAAUAUAAAUACUGCAACUUAUACAGAGCUCAUGACAAUUGAUGGCAUUGGUGUAAGUCAAGUGGGCACAAUUCUCAAAAAGCGACCAUUUAAAACCCUUGAAGAUGCAAAAAGGGAAACAGGUAUACCAGAAAAGGCAUUGAAAAGAUUAAAAUUUCCAGAGGAAGAUUAA